AUGGACUCUACUGUUGGUCAGGUUGUGCAAUCUCUCGUCAAGAGAGAAGAGUGCGGUGAGAACGAGUACAACGGUAUGUUGGGCGCUCGUAUCUCCUCCGUGUUCGUGGUGUUGGUGGCUUCCUCCUUUGGUGCCGUCUUCCCCAUCCUAUCCUCCAGAUACUCCUUCAUCAGGUUGCCUGGUUGGUGUUUCUUCAUUGCCAAGUUCUUUGGUUCCGGUGUCAUUAUCGCUACUGCCUUCAUCCACUUGUUGGAGCCUGCUGCCGAUGCUUUGGGUAAUGAGUGCUUGGGCGAUGCAUGGGGCGUCUACCCAUACGCCUACGCUAUUUGUCUUGUGACUCUUUUCAUUAUUUUUUUCUGUGAAUUGUUGGCUUUCAGAUACGUCGACAAAAAGAUUGACGGUAACAAGGGCGGCCACUCUCACUCGCACUUUGGUGACACUAGCAACUACGUCAAGAACACCACUGAGAGUGACGAGGAAGCUAAACUUAGCGCCAACGAGGUCGGUGAGAACCCAUACCCCAAGCACUUCUCUCACGCCUACGAGCACAAGGAUGAUGACACCACUGCUCCAGAGUCCGACCAGGAGGACAUUGAGGGCUUUUACGGUAAAUUGUUGGCCAUCUUUGUCUUGGAGUUCGGUAUCAUCUUCCACUCUGUUUUCGUUGGUUUGUCUCUCGCAACUGCCGGCGACGAGUUCAAGACCUUGUACCCAGUGAUUGUUUUCCACCAGCUUUUCGAAGGUUUGGGUUUGGGCACUAGAAUUGCCGCCACCCCAUGGCCAAAGACAAAGAGAUGGACCCCAUGGCUCUUGGCCAUUGCCUACGGUUUGUGUACUCCAAUCGCCAUUGCCAUUGGUCUAGGUGUGAGAAAGUCUUACUCCGAGGACUCGCACACUGCUUUGAUUGUGAACGGAGUUUUCGACUCUGUCUCUGCCGGUAUUUUGCUUUACACCGGUCUCGUUGAGUUGAUGGCCCACGAGUUUUUGUUCACUGAUGACUUCAAGGGUGACGCCGGUUUCAAGCGUAUGGUUGUCGCCUACGUCAUCAUGUGCGUUGGUGCCGGUUUGAUGGCGUUGUUGGGUAGAUGGGCCUAA